AUGAAAGCCCCAACACGGGGAUAUCUCCUUCAGGAUAAUGGGUUCAGUGAUGCUGAAUAUGGUCCUAAAGAGUCUGACAACCGCGGUAUGUUGGCUCGCUGCGGUAUAGAUGCGAAGGCACAUCGAGAUGGAUCAGAAGGGUGGCAGGAGGCAGUGCCUAGUGCCGAUCAAUCCAAACUGACACCUCGGGGAGGGACCCAAACUAAUUUCAGUCUCCGCUCCCGUAUCCACGAUCCAAUACUUUUUUUUAAAAAAAAAUAUUUGACGUUAAGCGCGGCUGCGGCGAACUAUGGUCAAAAUGAACAGACCACGAUGACCAUCGAACUCAAAGCUACCCAGAGUAAGGUCCAUGCCGUCACAGCCUUUCAAGCAGAUCGCGCGGAGCUCACUCGUCUAUUCGCA